AUGUCACAUAUUGAAGAUAGGAAAGAUGACUAUGGAAUUCACGAAUAUAUACGAGAUACAAAGACUUCUAUAAAAGGUAAUAUUAAGCGCUAUUUUGAAGAUUUUCAUGUUUAUGAGAUGACAUUGAAUAAUGAAAUAUGCCACUUAACAGAAAUAUGGGAUAAGCACAAAAUUUUAGAGGAUUUUAAGCAACAAAAUAAAAUUCUGUCAGGAGAAGGAAUACUAGAUGGCCUAAGUUUUGAGCUUAGUGAUAAUUUGUAUAAUAUUAUGGAAGAAAUUGGCAUAACUAAAAGGAGUAUAAAAUGUAUCAUUGCAUUUAUAAAUCUCCUUGGACUAAUUAAAGAGCUUAUCAAAAAUGAUGAUAUUACACCGAAGCUUCUAAAACUUGAUUCUAAGGGAAAAUUAGCUAGUAUUUGUCAAGUUAUAGUCCAGAUGAAAUGUAAUCAUAUACAGACCUCUCACAUUAAGAAGGAAAUCAGCAAUGUAUUACUACAUAAUGACACUAACAAAGACAAAAAUGAUAUACGACAUACUAUUCAGCAGUAUAAUGAUGCUAAGGAGAGACGUAGGAAGUUUCAUCAUUUAAUUAAAAAAGAAUUUCCUUUUUUAAUAUCUCAGACAAUUGAAACCUCAACUAUUCAGAUUUUAAAAGAUACAAAACUAGCGAAUAUAAACCAGGUAGACGAAGAAGUCAGUUUCUUACUUAGGAAAUUUGAUAUCUAUUUAUCUAUGGAUAUAUCAAAUGAAUUGCAACCUUUUAUUAAUAGUGAGAAAUUUUACACAAGACUGCACGAUGAACAAAUUGGGGACAGUUCCAGUAUAACUGCAGAUCAUGAAUAUUUUAUACUGAAACCUUCAAAUCACUAUGUCUAUUCUCUAAGAGGUUUGAAUUUAAAAGAUAAAACUCUGCAAGAGUCAGAUAUUAUAAGCGAUAAUAACAAUUUAGAUACAUUAGAAAUAAAUAUAAAUAAAAGAAGACGUCGUGAUAGUUAUAUUGCAAAAAUGUUUAGCAGGAAGAAUAGUGAUGAGAGAUGGGAUAGUUCAAUCCCUGAUUAUAUCCACUUCAAUAUAUAUAAAGAAAACAGAGAUACAAUGGAUGUCAUUAAUAUGCUAUGUAAAUGUCUGCAACGCAGCGAUCAAUCAUUCGGAAUUGCUGGACUAAAAGAUAGACGAGGGAUAACAGUACAAAGAGCCUCUGCAUACAGAGUUACAAAAGAACAAAUGAUAAAUGCAACACUUUCAAAAGCUUGGGAUAGGAAUGUACGCAUAUGUUCUAUAAUUCCAAGUUACAAACCAAUCAAGAUUGGUGACUUGGAUGGGAAUUUAUUUCAUGUGGUUAUUAGAAAUCUUUUUUUAGUUAACAAUCUGAGUGAAAAGGCGGAAAUAGAGGGUAAUUUAAAUGAAAGUAAAUGUACUAAACUUACUUUUAACACGAUUAAAAUGUUGGUAGAUAGUAUAAAGUCUCAAGGAUUUAUAAAUUAUUAUGGCUUGCAAAGAUUUGGAACAAGUAAAAUUCCAACAUAUAAAAUUGGUAUUGAGCUAGUUAAGAAAAAUUGGGAAAGUGCAUUUCAGCUUAUUUUAGGCUAUGACCUCCACAGUAAACAAGCUUCUAACGAAGGAAAUGUGGAGUCUAUGGAAAUAAUUGAGUACAUAAAACGUGGAGAUUUUCGCAAGUACUUGGAGCUUGCUAGUUCACAUUUAUACAUAGAAAGGAAUUUAGUUCUUAAUCUGCAAAGAGAGAUCAAAAAACAGGGGGAAAAUAAUGACAAAAAGGCACUAGUUAAUAAUAAUUUAGAUAUAUCACCAAAUAUAUAUAAACGAUGUUUGGAUCAUAUACCUAAAGGAUCUUACUGGUUAUAUAUUCAUUCAUUACAGUCAUUGAUAUUUAAUAUAGUAGCAAGCGAAAGAAUUAGGAAAUUUGGUAAGAAACCUGUUGUUGGAGAUUUAGUUAUUAGUAAGUCCAACGACUCCGUGCAAUUUGAAGAUAAUAUGGAUAUUUCUAUAAACUCUAAAUAUACUAAUAAUUCAAUAAUAGCGAUUGAAUAUGAAACAGAUUUGUCAAAGUACAAUAUUGAAGAUAUUGUACUUUCGCUUCCAGGAGAUGAGAUAAUUUACCCUCCAAAUCUAUUUGAGUUUUAUAUUGAAAUAUGGCAGAAAUACACAGGGAUGAGUAUUGGAAAAGAUAAUAUUGGAUUACCUGGUAGUUAUCGUAAUUUAGUUGUUAUACCUAAAUAUGCAGAUUUUAUUGCUAUCGAAAAAGUCCCUAAUAAUGAAGAUCCAAAGUCAGAUUUUUUUGUAGAAUCAAAAUUAUUAAAAAGUGACCUUGAUAUACUUCUAGAUAAUAGAGGAUAUCAAAGUUGCACUGGAUAUAAUAGAAUUCAUCCAAUAUGUCAAUCAGGCAUUAACGUAAUUAAUUCUGAUGUAGGUGAAUCAAAUAUUACAGCAGCAAUAUUUACAUGUAUACUUCCAAAGUCAUCUUAUGUAACAAUGGCAUUGCGUGAGCUUCUUGGUUGUAUGCCAAUUGAAAAUAAAUAA